AUGAAGCAAGUACCCAUUACUCAAGAUUCAUCAGAUGAGUUCGAAAUAAAUAGUGUCAGACCUUCAAACUCAUUCAAUAAAACUAUUCAAGCCCCUUCAGCUGAUUGCUCAAAGAUUUCGUUUUCUUUGCCUUCUGCGAGCAAAUGUGUUCCAGGAUCUAGUCCUCCCAUACAUAAACUCCCGUUUGAUGUGAUUCUAGAGAUUUUCAAGCUUCUUCCAGCAUCCGACUUACUGCACAAUGUUCCAGCUGUCUGUCAGUUGUGGUAUAAUGUGUCUUUAACUCCUAUUCUUCGCACCCGUCUUGUAUUACGACGUCAGAUACCAGCCGAAUCGAUUAUCAAAGCUAUUUCCAGUCGGCCGAUGCUUCGAGUUCUACGAUGUCUGGCACUUAAACAUGCGGAGUCUGUACUUCCGGAUGCUAUUAGGCUUUGUCCUUUACUUACAUGUCUUAAUAUAGGGUUUAGCACCUUGAGCGAGCGAGCAACAACUAUCCUCGUGAAUAAUCUUCCACCAACAUUACUGCAUCUCAAUGUUGAAGGUGUAAAUACUAUAGAGAUUGAUGUCAUUACUACUUUAGUACUUAGGUGUCCAAAGUUAGAAGCGCUCAAUCUGUCACAUUGUGUUUCAGUGUGUGAUACAUGUGUAAAAGUAAUUUCAAGUGGACUACACAAUCUACGCCGUCUUAACUUGGAUGGUGUUCUUUGGAUUACAGACACCGGUGUUUUACAUCUGGCCGACAGCGAAGCUGUGCGUAAUGGUAACCUUGAUGCGAUAUGGUUGGAUGGUUUUGAACUUUCAAAUUCCGGAUUAAAUGAAUUCAUUAUUCGAUUGGAAUGUGCUACGAAACGGAUAUUAGACGUUGAAGAUCUUGUAAAUCCAGAAAUUGAACACAAUAUAAUUGGAAUUCAACAACUGUGGAUUAGCUUUUGUGAUCAUGUUGAAGAUGAAGCAAUUAAAUCCAUAGCUAACCUUUCAAAUCUUGUCGCCCUUACAUUGCGGAAAACUCACCAAGUCAGUCCUACCGGUUUAAGCUCAUUAUUUGUCUCCAAAAGUCUAAGUCAUUUGGACCAUCAAUUAAAGUUGAGGUAUCUUGAACACUUAGAUUUAAGUGAAGCUCCUGGUUUGAAUGAUUCAGUAGUGAUGGACAUUUGUAGUUGUUGUGGUAGUCGCCUACGCUUUCUUACCUUAAACUGGUGUUGGGAAGUUACUGAUAUUGGUGUGAACCAAAUAAUUGAAGUAUGCAGUUCUUUACGUCAGCUAAGCCUUAUUGGGAAUUCUGUUAUUCAAGGAAAAGCAUUUGCUGAUAUCCCAUUAAAGAAUACUGAUACAGGUAUACCUCUGUCAAAAUCUAAUGUAUACCGAUUGUCAGUCAUCAACCACGACCCUCACUAUGUAGCUUGA